GCGCACUGGAGAUGGGAUCGGCACUUGUAGUUUUUGUCCCCAGCCCGUUGAUUUGUACAUGAAAACAUCGCGCUUUUAUUCUCCCCCCUUCUGGGCUCCGCUUCUGAGUGAUCAGCUGAUGAAGAGACUCGCAGCUCGCCGCUAUGCUGGUUUGCUAAUUCUUUCCCCCACAGCUGCAGCCGAUCGGCAGCCUGCAGAGCGCGUUCAGCCUGAGGCAGAAGAGAACGGUUCCUUGGAGGAAAUGGAAGAGGACAUUAGUCUGAAGAAGCGUAAAGGUGAUCAUCCCGGAGAGAAGCAGCUCCAGAUGGGGCAAGAAGCCGGGGAGAAGGUGAAAAGAAAGCGAGGGCGCCCCCCAGCAGAGAAACUGCCUCCAAACCCUCCAGAACUGACCAGAACAUUAAACACACUGGUGGAUAUGGUUAUAAACUACAAGGACGGGUUGGGGCGACAGAUCAGUAAAGGUUUUGUGCAGCUUCCAUCUAGGAAGGAGGUACCUGAGUAUUAUGAGCUGAUCCGGAAGCCUGUGGACUUCAGACGGAUCAGGGAACGCGUUCGCAAUCACAAGUAUAGAAGUGUUGGCGACUUGGAAAAGGAUAUUUUCCUCCUGUGUCACAAUGCUCAGACUUAUAAUUUGGAAGGAUCUCAGAUCUACGAGGAUUCAAUCGUCAUUAAGUCUGUUUUCGAGAGCGCGAGACAGAGAAUCGUCACAGACGAGGAACAGAAAGAGACGGUUAGCGCCAGUCACGGCAACAGCGGCGGCAGAGCUGAAGACUAUUUAGUUCCAUCGGCAGUGACAAUCGGGCUGAAGCAGGGGAAUAAGGAGGAGAGAAGCAGAAAUAUGCUGACCAAACGCCUCCACAGUGAUUUAGACACCGAUAAGGAUGUAGAGGAUAAAACAACAAAAGAUGAAGGCUGAACUGAGAGGGUCAUUCCCCCCCCCCCUUUUUUUGUAUUAUUGUUCACAUAUGUCACAUCUCUAGUCAUCGGUUUCACCGUUUUCUAAGCAAAA